UUUUUCCAGGACUUGGUGCAACAGCUUUGGGAUUCCAGGCUACCGCUCUAAUCAUCAUGGCCCUUUCAACAUUUGUUCUCUUGUAUACCUUAUGCUGCAAUAAAGACGACCAACAAAAUAGCGUGGGAUGUUGUCAUAAAUUUGGAUUGUGUUUUAUAUGCCUAUAUCCCGUUUCAGGAAUCAUAAGUUUUUCUGGAUGCAUGUUUGUUGUUGCAAACUAUAAAAACCAAGAGAAGGGCUGGGGCUUUUAUCUCUCUCUGGCAGCAUCAUGCUAUAUAGUGCUUGAGAUCUUCGUAUGCUGCUAUACCUUGUACAAGCUAGGAAGUUCAGAAAAGGACACAGAUCCCGAGGAUGGACGAAGGAAUUCAAGUAAUAUUGGUGAGGAAAACAAUCAAUUUGGAGCAUCAGGUCAAAACAAUGAAACAACGACCCGUUCCGGUGGGGGUGGUGUAAUUUUGGGUCAAGUUCAAUGUCAUCACCAGUUAGAAGUUACGAGCACCAGAACGUUUUUGAUCAGGAAGCUGCAGGUCGCCAGAGUUUUCCAUAUCAGCUGAAUGUCAUCUACAUUGAAUG